AGGGACAUGCACCAGGCACGGCCGCCUUUUUACGACAUGGCGGUGGCCGGGGCCUCUGAGCACACGGGCGCUUUCCAUGCAAGUCACACAUCGACACCAUACACCAGUGGGCUUUCAGCAGCUUCCUUCUCUGACUACCCCAGGCACAAACCAUUCAUUAAUGCUGACCUACGCCGAUCCCCCGCCAAGCCGGUAAUUGCCUAUCCAGAGAGUAACAGCAAAGCCAUAUUUUCAGCUCUGAAGAACCUGCAGGAGAAAAUACGUCGGUUGGAGCUAGAAAGGAUUCAAGCAGAAGAGAAUGUGAAAAGCCUGACCAGGGAGACCUCAGAUUAUAAAAAAGUUCUAAGUGAGCAGUUGCAGGAAAAAGAACAGUCGAAGUUGCAAGUGUUCAAGAAAAAUGAUGAGUUGGCAACACAACUGACAGCAGCCGAGACUCGCUGUGUACUUCUGGAGAAACAGCUGGAAUACAUGAAGGAAAUGAUAGCACAGGCAGAACUUGAAAAGACGACCGUCUUGGAGAAACAGGCCACAUUGGAAAAAGAGAGAAAUGUCGAUCACUCCCACGUGAAGUCCAAGUUCGAAAGGUUGGAUCUGCUUGAGAAGGAAUACACACGGCUUACAUCAAUGCAGUCCCUUGCAGAGAAAAAAAUGAAAGAAUUGGAAGAGAAGCUCCAGGAGGAAGAACGUGCGAGGAAGCUGGUGCAGGAAAAAGCUGCUGAGCUUCAGACAGGAUUGGAGACCAAUAGAAGGUUGCUUCAGGCCCAGACCCAGCCAGCACCAGUCUUGAUGCCUUCAAAGCCCAAAAAGAUGAAAAAAAAAUCAAAGCAGUUGGACAAGGCUGGCUCAGGCAUGACCCACUUCCACUCCCAGCCCCACUACAGGCUACGACUGGGCGAUGUGCCGUUUGUUGCAGGGAAGUCUACCAGCCCAAGCCACUCGGUCACAGCCAACGUGCAGCAUGUGCUCCACCUCAUGAAGCAGCAUUCAAAAGCCCUCUGCAACAACCGCGUGAUCAGCGAAGCCCCGAUGAGCAAGCAGAUGAACAGGGGCAGGAGAUCAUCUACGUCUUCCCUUUCUUCCACGUCCCAAGGAGACCUUUCUGAGGUGCUUCUGACAUUACAAGAUGAGCUCGGGCAAAUGAGUUUCCAACACCAGCAUUUGGCAAAACUCAUCCAUGAAGCUUCAACGAUUGCCUUAAGGAGAGACUUGGAGAAGGAUUUGGAAGUGCUUGUGAAAAGGAUGGAAGCCAAGGCUGAACAAAUCAGUAAAAUCCAGAGGCAUCGGGCACGGCUGGAGAAGCUGAAGGUCAGCAAGAACAAGCAGCACUGCGCUCGGGAUUCCAGUAAAGCGGAUGAAGACAAGAAGGCGAACCAGGGCGGUCUGAAGAGAAAGCCCAGUGGGCAGGGUAAGAAGAGCCUUCAGCUUCUGAGAGACAUGCAAAGUAUACAGUCCUCCCUUCAGAAGGAUGACGUCAGUUGGGACUGCUGACCUGUCUUCCCCGCGUGGUGGUUGGUUUUUGAGGGGUUUGUACCUUUUAUUAUUCUGGCUGCAGUGGCACAACCAGCUACCGUGCUGGAUGAAAGACAAUAUCAGAGUGGCACCUUCUAAACAAAGGCUUCUCCUAUUCUACCUGUAUGCCUGAUCAUGUUACCCUGGUGAGGGGAGCUGGGGAUGGGUAGAGAGAGAGAGAGGAAAAAAAUAAGCCGCCCUUUAUUAUUUCAUUGCUAAACCUCACAUUGGUACCAGUGAUGGUUAUUCUGCUACAAAACGUAAUCCUUGCCCUACCGUUCUGCUUCUGACAGUUAAUUAUCCUCCUUGCUUGGGACAGCUUCCUUCUAUGAGUGGAGAAAGUAGGUUUUUAUUUUUAUUUUUUUUAAAAAAAAAAUUCAUUCGGAGAGUUGAAGGUCCACAGGGAAAAAGCCUCAGAAUUAAAUUUGUUUUGCAGAAUUUUUUUUUGACUUUGCUUUAUAAACACACAGUGACUUUUGAACGGAGCAACGGUAUGGAGCCCUGUGUCACUUUCGACUCUUUUCAAGGUCUCGUAAGCAGCUUUUUCUUUUA